AUGCACUCCACCUAUCUUCCUCACAUUUCUGGAGCUGAAGAUUUGAUGCAGAUUAUUGGCGAUUCUGGCCGCGAGGAAGAAAUGUUCGGCUUUAUGAUGAGCCGCGGACGCGGCUCUUCUAUCCGUCCCUUUUUCAGCGCGUCUCAAGCUGCUAGUGCUCGGCGGGCAAAUCCAUCCAGCAACGAACCGCCGCCAAAAAUUAGUCGCCAGUCGUCUACCCGCGACGCAAAUACGCCCAACGCAGACGUCCAGUACCAAGACGCUGAAUGGUGGCCGUUGAACAAAGAGGACGAACGAUACGAGUUCGUGAAUAUUGCUGCUCUUCACGAAGAACUUCUCGCGCUCGACAGCUGUGGUCGACUUCAUCAGUGGAAUUGGCACGAUUCUGAGCCUUAUCGGGUAGUAGAAGAUGGCGAUGUGAUUUUCCAUCCGAAAACGAAGGAGCUUGGUCUGCUCAACGAGGAAGUGACUCAACUUGCAGGAAGUGUUUGCCGCGCAAGUAUCAUUACCAAAUCCAACAAAAUUGCUAUUCUCGCCGAUGCAAUUAUCAACCCCUUCGAAAAUCUUAUUGAUACCCCCGCAGCUGUCCACUCAGAACUUGGUGAUCUGUCCAACGCCUUGCUCUACACAUGUUCUCAGUGGACACUGGUCAUUGUAAGAAACGAAGCGUUCUGGAUGGGCGUUGCGCCUUACGAGCUUCGCAAGCGUCAGCUUGAGGCAAUUUCAAAGCAGGCUAGCAAAAAGCAAGAAGCCCUUUCGGUAGGAAGUGUUGUCUGCUUGAAGAAGCAGCCAGCUUACAGAGCCCGAACUCGCGCCAUCAAACUGCUCGACAAUCAACCUAGAAUUGGCGAACUGGUUCAUGAUCUCGUCUCGCUUGACACAAAACAAGCUGUUGAAUUCAAGGUCCUCCAGCCUUACGAACUUCUCGUCGAGAGUUUUGAACCAGUCAGCUCCUCGUCAAAUGAUCGAAAACGUAAGCACGAAGAGACGGACUCGGCGGAGCAUGAGAAAUGGGAUUUGCGACAUGUCGUUUUUCUUCCUAAUGAGCAAGGGGACAGAACUGAAGUUGUUGGCACUAUCAAACGAAUGCAGGACAAUGUUUGCAUCGUCAGCUACGGCAACGCUGAGAAAAUUAACGAUCCUGGAAUCAAAAUUUUCCGAAAAGAAGAGCUAUGCCUCGCGAAUCAAUCGACAAGAUCAAUCGAGGCGAUCAUUCGGACUCCGAAGAAACUCAACAUUGGUUCUUCGAAAGUCAUCUCAGCUCAAGUCGAUGAAGAAGCAACUGUGCACUUGAUCUCGAAAAAUAGCAACUCCGGCAAAAUUCAAUAUGGAAAAUUUGACCUCGGAACAAACACCUUCAUCAAUCAACCAGUUUCCCUGAGAGCCACGCCGGAGUGCUUCUCGAAAGACGACGCUGUUCAAAUUGAUCACACAUUCGGUGAUGUCCCUUGCAUCCUCCUCGAUAGCAAGAAGAUCCACCAGCCGAUUUUCUUUAACGAAGGAACACUUCAAGAUCCGGAGUGGUUUUGGCUCGGUUUGCCGCCAAUAAACGCGCUUACAAGCUCAAUUUACAACAUGACUGAUGUGACCGAGACUAGAAGACGCGAUCGGGCAUUUGUAGCUCUCAUCUGCCUGGAUCGACAUAUUCUCUCGCCAAUCUUGAUCAAGAACAAUCCUGAUCUUUUGAAAGCCCUUCUUUCGGUACUUUCCGAUAACCCCAUUUGGCAAGGGGUCAUUCCCCGCCUUCUCGGCGAAGUUGUUGAUGGAGAGCGAAAUCUACUUCACGUUUGUAUCGAUAGCAAUGCUCCUUCAAAGGACAAGAAGAAUCAAACAAAGUCAGAUGUUCAAAAAUCUCUUGCGGAGAUGAUUGAAUCUAUUUCUGUCAUCGUUAAGCCAGAGAUUGCCGAAGAACUUCGUCAAAAGAUCACCCAGAAAAUGGAAAAUAGCAAUCGUUCUUCUGUCAUCUGCGCACCUUUUAGCAAGACCAGAUCUAACAAAAAGGAAGAUUCUGGUUCAAGCUGGAAAUCGGUUCCAAAAGAAAACUGCCUUGAGAUUUUGCUCGGGCAUUCCUGUCUAUCAUCCUCUGCCUGCGAAAAGCUUCUUCAAGAAAAAGAUGCGUUCGGACGAACUCCGUUCAUGUAUGCAAUCAUUCGGCGAGCAUACAAAGAUGCUGCCUUGAUUUUCGAGCGAAUUUUAAACUUGUGCGAAGCCGAGAAGAGCUCCAACUCAAGUAGUGCCAUCAAAAAAUUCAUCUUCCCUGACAACUCUCCUCGUGAACUCAACCCGCUUUAUGUUCUUUGCUGCAACGAUACUUGCAGCUACACAUGGACAAAGAAACAACAUAUAAAGCAGGAUAUUUAUGAGUGCAAGACUUGCAAUUUGACUGAGUCACUUUGCUGCUGCACGGAGUGCGCCCAAACUUGUCACGUUGGCCACGAGUGUGUUCUCAAGAAAACCUCGCCAACUGCCUAUUGUGAUUGUCCAAGCAGCUGUGCGUGCAAGGCUCUCAAUCCUGGCGAUCAAAAGGAGCGCGAAUUGCUGCUCGAAAUGAUGCUUACUCACACUCAGCUCUUCCAUGUCUCCACCAACAAAGGCGAGCACAUUCUACAGUUCCUCGCGCAUACAGUUGCGCGCCAAAUCAAGGAGCAAAACAAUCUCGCCGAAGUUGACAAUCAAAACUUGGGUGCACGAAGAUCUCAUGCCUCAAGUAGUUCUUCUAGCCGCGAGUCACCGCCUGUCUUUUGUCGAAAAGCUUUGCAGUACUGUCUUGCAGAGUGGAAGGCUGUCGAAGGACUAGUCGUUUUCAAGAGAGACAGUCUCUCCGCUAGUUAUUACUCGUCGAAAUACUCCAAUGAGGACAAAACUCAACUGGAAUCUCAGCAAGGAGUAGCUCGGCUUGAUAAAUUCGUCCAGACCCUUCUUCUUCGGCUAUCUCACUCAAGCCAAUGGGACUACAUGGGCGCCCUACUAAAUACCCUGACUGAGCAGUAUAAACUUGCUAAAGGAACCGACCGGGAAGAAACUGUCCUACUUGGAAUCCACCGUUUCAUUCGCUCAGUAGUGAGAGUUUAUGUGUGUUUUGCAGGAAAUCUUCAGCCGAGCACGAUGACAAACGAAGCUCAACGCAAGUGCCUUGAACGAUUUACGAAGGUAUUCCAGGAGUUGCCAGAUAUUGCAAUCGAAGAACUCUGCCAGACAUCUGAUGCUCUCCUCGCGCCCGUUCGACUUGGCGCUGUCCGGCCAGUUCCAGGCUUCGAAUUUUUCUCGAACUCCAACGAUGCUAUCGGCGAAACUGACGAAUUAUUCCGGGUUGAUCCUUGCGCUCCGAAACGAAAGAAAAGUGAUACGCCACGAAUGAGUAAUCGCCCCGUUAACAACCGUGAAGGUAUUCAAGGCCGAAAUUUCAGCCGCAGCACCCGUCGAUUGCUCAAUACUGAUGAUCGCUCGGAGUUUGGCGAGGAGCAUUCUGGAGAAGGAAAUAAUCGAACUCAAAGAGCAAGUCGCUGGGGAAGUGCCGCCCGAAAUCAAGCUAUUCGAUCUUUUGAACGAAGAUUAAACGAAGUUCAUCAACAACGCUCAAACAGACUGCAGGAAGAGAUCGAUGAGCGAGAUGCCUACCGAGCGAGAGGAGGUUGGAACCUUUUAGAGGAGCUCGAUAUUCCUGAAACAGAUCAUUCAGAGAAUGACGACCAAAUGGAUGCCACCAAUGAUCGACCCAUCGAAGAGAUUAUCAGUGAUCAAGAUGGCGAUGAUAGAGAGAAUGAUCAAGAUGAGAAUGAAGGUGAAGAAGACGGCGAAAUCACUGGAGAUGACGAGGGAGCUGAGGACGAAGAGGAAUUACCAGUAUUGCAGAUAAAUGAGAACAAUCAGCUGGUUCUGGACGAUAAUCCAUACUUGGAAGAAGAGGAUAUUUUGCACAAUGGCCCUCCUGAAGACUAUGGCGGAUGGCCAACUGGCAAUUUCAACGAAGACGGAACGGACGAGGAAAACAGCGAGCAUGAUGAUCAUGAAGAGCGCGACGAGGAAGAAGUCGAUGAGGAUGAUGAUAUGGAAGAUCAAGAAGAAAUGGAUCAAGACGAAGACCGAUGGGGUGACGGGUCCACAUUUGACGUCGGCUCUCCUCUGUAUGAUGGAGACCAUCGAGAAAGUACUCCUUUUGAUGAUGAAAGUUUCGAAGGAAUCUUCCCUGACGUUGAUAUCGUCCAUUUGCGAAACAGUCGUCGCCGACUAAAUGACCAGCAAGGCAGUGGCAAUCUUUCAUGGGCUGUCCGUGAAAGCAGAUACCGAAUGAGAGAUCCACGAGAGAGCGGUGGAAUGAUCCGAGAAGGUUUUGGCGCACUUGGUGGUGCAGAUCCCUCUAAACGUAAUAUGUCACUCUCCGGAUCUUGCCAAACUUCCGAAAGCCAAUCAAAGCUUGCCCGCUGUGCAGCCCUUUGCAUCAAACAAGUUGCUCUUCUUCUGCAGCCUGAUCUGAAUCGUCCAUCAACGGACUCUGAUCAGAUAAUGCCGAAUGUCCAGCGACUCCUCCGACCAUCUUGGGAGUGGUUAAUGACCACCAUGGACUGGACUGAAUCACAAUUGCGAUAUGGAGCUACAUUGAGCAAAGUCUCUGAAACCCGCCGAAAUCAUCUUCGUCUAAGAAACGAUUCUGAUGGGCAGAAGAGAACUAAGAACCACAUCGCCGCGCAUGAAUUCAUGACUUACGCUUUGUCUCUAAUGAGGCAACAGAAUUCUGAACAUUCUGAUGUCAUGCCUUCAAUUGAUGUUGGAGCUCUUCGACAUGUUGCCUACGUUUUGGAUGCGUUCAUUUCACUGCUCAAAUCGGAGAGAGCAUUGAGCUCAACUCCAAGGCAAAGCCAGAAAACUGACUCUCCUGGAGCUAAUGAGACUCCAACUCAUAUUUUCUUCCGCCGAUCGGACUCGAUGCUUUUCCUCGGCGGCGCGAACGAUGAUCCCUUCGAGACUCCGUUCGAUAAGGCGCUUCCAUUGGCAGACAAGCCUCACCUUCUUCGACCAAAAGCUUCAAAAGAGGAACUUUUCGGCCGUGGAACUCGCGGAGAAGGCAAACAAGCGCCCCAAUCCUCAGUCGUUCGGCUACCUGAACAUAUGAGUUUGACUCGGCGAUAUGAGGAGUCUGAAUUUAUGUGGCCCGUGAGCGAGUCAAAUGGACAAGACAAUCAUGUCGAGCCGGACGCGCUUCUUUCACGUUGGAAGAGUUGUGUGGAAAUCUUUGCUCGUGUCUUCAUGGACGAUGUCGGUUCGGAGCAAGAUUCUGUCCUCCGACAGCUCGCAUCAUUCAACCUUCGACAAUCGAAAUUCCAGAAACAAAUGGAAGAUCUUCAAAAAGGCGCAAAGAACUCAGAAUUGUCCCUUGUUGUCCAUCGUCAGCGUGAAAAGCUUAUUCCGCAAACAAUCAAGCAGCUCAAUGACGAGUUCGCAAAGAAAGAGAGCAAGGAUCAAUCAAAGAGUGUGCGCUCUCAAGGAUUUUGGUCAGGGAUGGCACCAGUCAGUCGCCCCUCAAGCCGUGCUGAUGGCUUGAUGGUGUCAAAAAAGAUCAAGGUUCGUUUUGAGGGAGAACCAGGCGAGGGAAAUGGUGUCAUGCGAUCCUUCUUCACCACUAUUGCGGAUGCGUUCCUUGAAGACCUUCCUGUUCCUAAGAUGGACGUUUUGCCACCUCCUUCGUCUUCUUCGAAGUCAGAGUACAUCUCUCGCCGCUCUGGGCUAUCUGGUUUGCAGCGAUAUCAACAAAGACAGAACAAAGACAAGGGUCAAUUGAAUGUUAAUGCUGCCCCAUGGUCCCCCGGAAAGGGUAACGAUGAUCCUCAUGCCAAGAACAGCUCCAACGAUUUGAAAAAGCAACUUUAUGAAAAGAUUCAUUCUGUGGAUAAGUUGAAUGCGGCAAAGAUCACUGGAAUGUUCCUUCAAUCUUCCGCAUCUAAUCGCCUUCUCAUGACAAAUGACGAGGAUUUAUGCAAGAUGCGAGUUGCCGAAGCAGUCAAAGUCUUGAAAGAAAACGGCCAAUACAUUGAAGAAAAGCCAGCCAGUAAAAAGUCUGACCCCGAUGACGAGCCUCUCUUCACGAUGCCCAGCACAAGCCAGCGCUACUACUGCCCUAAUCCCGGCAAUGGUUCUGAACGGCGAAUGAAUAUUUUCCGUAAUCAAAUUCUUGGAAGACGAGUCAACUGGCAUGAUCUGGCUUUCUAUGACUCAACUAUCUUCGAGUCUCUCAGAAAACUGGUCCUUUCCGCGAAAGAACACCCUGAAUCAGUGGAGGACCUAGGCUUCACCUUCGAAAUCGACGAGACAACCCGCGAUGGAACUAUCCAGUCGGUUGAACUUAUUCCCGACGGCCAGAACAUCGCAGUGACGAGCGCAAACGUUUACACUUACGUGCGUAAAUACGCCCAUUACAUCAUGGUGAAAAAGUGGGAAAAUGCUGUUGAGCAUUUGAGAAAGGGAAUUUUCGAUGUUGUAUCAGAGCAGGCACUUGCCGGACUCACGCCAGAGGAUUGGUGGCUGUUGGUGAACGGAGUCGCAACUGUUGACGUCGCAAAGUUGACAGCAAUGACGACGUUCAAUGAUGAAAGUAACGCGAAAGACGAAAGUGAAAAGAAUGAUGUACAGAAGUUGCAGAAGUGGCUGUGGGAGGUUGUCGAUUCGUUUACGCAGCAAGAGAGACAGGAGCUUCUCUAUUUUUGGACAGGGGCUCCUGCACUUCGAGCCGGCGAGGAAGCCUUUGAGCCUGCUCCUUCAGUGACUAUUCGCGGUCCCAAUGACCAGAGUCUGCCCUCUGCCAAUACUUGUAUCUCCCGCCUUUACCUUCCCCUUUACAGUUCCAAAGCUAUUCUGAGGCAGAAACUGUCCAUGGCUAUCAAAACGAAGACCUUUGGAUUUGUCUAG